GGUCACUUGCAGCGUUCAGUCGCUCAGAGUCUCGUUUGAACUGUUAGUUAUUUACAUUUUCAUUGAGAAAAAAAGAUGUUUGAAAGGCAACAGUUUCUCGUUUAAAGUGCAGCGACCUGCCUUUGCAAGUAAACUGUCCGAUAACAAACAAGCUAAUUAGCAUAUCGUGUAAACAGCCGCGACAUUUAAAAUCAACUCACAGGACCUGACCCAUCAGGACCAUCAGGACCCCUUUGUCUUUUCUUUAUCUCCGCUUGGCUCCGGCUCUUUGCUGCAGAGGUGAAAUGACCUCCUCUGCCCUCGGCCAGUCUGCACCUAUCUUCCCAAACCUGGAGCCCGGGAUGGGGAAGUCAGCCGCCCUGCUGGGGUUGUCUGCUGGGUUGGGAGGAGCAGAGAUGGAGCUGCAGAAGAUGCUUAUCGAUGAGAGGAUGAAGUGCGAAAACCACAGGACCAACUACCAGACACUAAAGGCUGAACAUGCCAGCUUGCAGGAUGAGUUCACCAAGGCGCAGGGUGAACUGAAGCGUCUGCUGAGCGACAGACAGGCCCAACAGGAGAAACUGCAGCUGCUGUUGGCGGAGCUCCGAGGAGAACUGCUGGACAAAACCAGGGAGCUGGAAGAGCUGCGACUGCAGGUGAUGACCCCUCAGCGACUGGAAUUGCUCAGAGCUCAGGUGCAACAGGAAAUGGAGGCUCCAGUCAGAGAGAGGUUCAAUAAACUGGAGGAGGAGACUGAGAAGUACAGGUCUGAGUACAACAAGCUGCGCUAUGACUUCACCUUUCUGAAGUCCCAGUUUGACCACCAGAGAGAAGAACAGGCUCAUAUGCUGGAGGAGAGGAGGAUCCGCUAUGAAGCCGAGAUCUCUCGUCUGGAAAAGGACAGAGAGGACGUGGUGGCUCAGUACCAGGGUUCAGACCCAAUGCGUGAUGGGAAACGAGUGGAGGCUCUGCUGAGGGAGAAAGCCCAGCUCCACCUGCGGCUGAAGGGUCUGGAGGCAGAGGUGGCUGAGCUUCGUGCCCAGAAAGAAAACUCAGGCCAGCAGGCCGAGAACGUCCAACGCAUCCAGAUCAGACAGCUGACAGAGUCUCAGGCUGCAGUGAAGUCGCUGGAGGCGGAGCGUCAGUCGUUGCGUCUACAGCUGGAGCGAAUGGAGAGCGAGCUUCAUCUGACACACGAGCAGAACAGCCAGCUCACUGGACGACUGCACAAAGCUGAGCGAGAGGUCAACUCGCUAACGUGUCAGAUUGACAGCCUGAAGCAUUCACAUAAACUGGAGGUGGCCAGCGUCAAACUGGAGUGUGCCCGCUCUAAAGGGGAGUUGGAGAGAGAGAGGGACGCACUGCAGGGGCAGAUUGACGGUCUGCAGGCAGACGUGGAGGUGUUAAAGGCUGCGGUGGAGCGACAUAAGGAAGUUCUAGUGGAGAAAGAGAGGGAGUUGGUCAGGAAGGUGCAGUCGGCCCGCGAGGAGGAAUUCCGCAAAACUGCAACCUUGCAUGAGGAAAAGUUGGAGGUGGAGAACCGGCUUGCUGCUCUGGAACAGCAGAGGGCUCUGCAGGACGCUGCAGAUCAAGCCCAGAAGGAGGAAUGGGAGGAACGUCUUCGCAUCACACAACAAGGAGAGGAGUCAGCCCGCAGGGAACUGCAGAACCUGAGAAGCAAACUACAGCAGCAAAGCUCACAUCUUGAGGAGCUUGAGAGACAGAAAGCAGAGAUCGCUGACCUACAGCAUCAAAACCAGGAACUGGGUGUCCAGCUGGGAACGCUGUCUCACUCUGAAAGUGACCUGAUGGAGACAAACCAGCGACUGAGAGAAACUCUGGACCGAGUCAGAGAGGAUCUUAGGACGGCCCGAGCCCAGGCUGAGAGGAGCCAACACGAGGCAGAGAGGCUGGUGGAGGACCAUCGGGUUGAGUGGUUGGAGGAGAAACACAAGCUGCAGGAGCGAGACGCUGAGCUGCAGCAGAAAUACUCUCAGGUCAAAGAGAAACUGCAGAGGGCAGCAGUGGCCCAGAAGAAGAGGAAAACGCUGACAGAGAACAAAGAGAAGAGACUCCAGGAUAAGAUUCAGUUGCAGGAGGCCAAGAUAGAAGAGCUGGAACUGCAAACUGCUGCAGCAAAGAAACGUUCGUCGUUCUCAGAGGAGCAAGCUCAACUUAACAGACGAUUGAAGGAGCUGCAGCGACGACACAACGAGUUUCGGCGUCUCCUACUCGGUGGUCAGGGUGCCUACAGCGCUGGCCCCGCCUUCCUGACCUCCUCACCCACCCCCUUCCUUCUCCUUGGGUCUGAGGGGCCGUUGGCCAACAUACCAGAGGAGCAGCAUCAGAGGGAGCUGUCCCUGCUCCGUCGGAGGCUGGAAGACCUGGAGAACGCCCAGCAGCAGCAGCUGGAGGAACUGGGUUCUCUGGUGCAGAGGGACCGGAACUCUAGUUCCCAGCCUGACCUCUGAUUUCUACACUACGUAGCAGUAGACAUUAAGAGGGGGAUGAAGCACUUCUCAUUUCACAGUUUGUGCUUCCUGUCCUUGCGUCUUAGUCCCUCCCACCUGAGAUGUGAGAAGGAAGAGACAGAGGAGUCUAGGAAACAGACCUCAAAUUUUACUUUACCCAAACACAUGAAAUGACUGAACUAUCUAGUGAUAAAUUGCUUCAAAGCAGUCAAUUUAAUGUGACGUGUGUCACGCCUGUUUAAUAUGUCAGGGGAUACAUCUGGCUCCUCCUCUCUCCUCAAGAUGCGUUUAAAGAACAGACACUUCCUUCAAUAUGGCGCACGCAGGAGGCACAAAAGA